AUGGUAUUACCUCGACAAGAUAUUCAAGAAAAGGCGCCAUUGGAGCAGCCGCUACUUUAUGCCGAGCGCUCUUUCAUUGGGUAUGGGCAGGAACGAGGUGGUGUACAGGCUAUUCUUACGAAUCCAUCGCCAAGAGAUGCAGUUGAUUUUGUGUACAUGGAGUCGCUCCCUUGGUUUAUGAAAGUUUAUCUUCACACUCUUGAAGCCAAGACGAAUGGCUUUCACGAAGAUGUCAUACAAGAAAUGUUUUAUCGUCCAGCUCUAGACCGGAAGAGGGGAACUCAACUGGAAGUGCGCAUGCGUAUUCCAGCGAACUCUACGGUCAUUUUGACCUAUGACUUUGAAAAGGCAAUCCUUCGGUAUACAGAAUAUCCUCCCGACGCCAAUCGUGGGUUCGAUGUUGCUCCGGCCGUUAUCACGAUUGGAAAUGUUAGCAUCCGUACCACGACCCUUUUGCUUCCCCUUCCAACGCCGGAUUUCAGCAUGCCUUACAAUGUCAUUAUUCUUACUAGUACAGUAAUGGCCUUGGCAUUUGGAAGUGUUUUCAAUCUUCUAGUGAGGAGAUUUGUUGCAGCGGAUGAAGCUGAAAAUUGGGAUAUCAGGGCUGUUAGAUUACGGAUUGCAUUGCUUGUGCAGAAGAUUCUGGCUCGGAUGGUUGGGCAAGCGAAGUAUGGCAAGGAGGAAUAG